AUGUCACGCGUGUAUGAGCCCUUCAUCAUUGUACCGCCAUUGACGACGUGCACGACGGCCUACAUCGUCGUAGUGAGUACUUCUGUACACUGUUCGGCCUCGCGCGCGAGCUGUUCGCCCCUAGGGCCUAGGGUCUGACGGCCUCACGUGAGACAGGCGCUUGCCCAUCGCCCUGCGCCGCCCCUUCACGAGCGCACCGGGACAGCGCGGUGCAUACACUCACCCUUGCGCCCCCUCUCUCCCCUCCUCCCCCUCUCCUAUUCCUCGAAUGGUGGCUACCUGCACCGCCUCCACAGGGUGACGGCACACCGCCCUACAAAGUCUAUCCCAUCGCAUCCGGAUCGGGCAAUGCCACGUCGUUGGAAAAUAUACCCGCACUCACGAACGCCGGCGCGUUCCCUUGGCGAGUCGACUUCAACCAGGGAGCGAAUCUGGUGAGUGGCCGUUCCGAAUGACCGAAAGACCGAAGGACCGAGCGAGCAAGCGCGCAUUCUGCUCUUCGGCCGUGUCGGUACUCCAAACGAUCAGAGCUGACCAAAGCGCUGACACGUUCAUUGUCUUGCCUUAGACUUGGGUGGUCCUGGACAACACGAACCGGAUCAGCUAUUCCGACUUUAGAGGUGCGUUUGAGCCGCAUCGCCGUCUCGGUCACGACCCCAGCACAGCAUUUCGGUUUAGAUUCUGAUCUCUACCCCUUGGACAGUGGUGAGAGCCCAGCCCGCGACCGGUAUCACAACGUGCUCGUGAGUUUCAUGAUUUGGGCCAUCUGCUCAAUGGGCACCUCGAGGCUACCCAUGCUCAUGCCUCAUGAUUUUUGACUUCGCAGGAAAACCGUGUUUGGGUCAGGCUCCAAAAACAGCAGUCGAGACGCGAUAAUAGGAGGGGCCGUCGGUGGCGGGGUGUUGUUAGCCGCCAUCCUCGUGGCUUACCUCGUCUUCCGACGGUACAAGAAGCAACGUCGGCUCGAGGAAGAGUUCGCCAACUUACCCCCCGCGCGGGAAUCCGCCGAUUCGGUUGAGAUGUCGUCCCCCUCCCGAUCCGGGGGCGUCGUUCGCCACGGCACGUUCAAUCUGCACCAUGUCCAACUCAACGAAGGCAACACCUUUGACGCACCGCCGAGAUACGUCCCUCCCGCUCCUAAAAGGAGGUUCAUGGGAAUGAGGUCGAGUCGUCCGACGAGUCGAAGGAGUAGCGUGGUCGAGUCGGAAGCGGAAGCGGAAGCGGAAGCGGAAGCGGAAGCGGAAGCGGAAGCGGAAGCGGAAGCGGCGGCGACAACAACGACGACGACACUUGAUACCCCUGCUGAAUCGACCGUCGCAACUUCAACUCCAGGAUCGGCACGGCAAGGAUCGCCGCUCAUUGCUGAUACCACGAGGUGA